GGGCUGUGGGUAAUCCCGGGCUGUGCCGCUGCAGGGGGUCCGGGAGAAGCGACCAUGUCUAUCGCCGCCUCCAACACCAGCAUGAGGGUGCCCGCCGGCUUCCGGAACCUGCUGGAGGGGCUGGCGCGGGAAGUGCUGCGGGAGCAGCCCACCAACGUGGUGGCCUUUGCAGCACAGCACUUCCAAAAGCUGCUGGAGCAGAGGGAGGCUGGUGGCACUGACCCGGUGGCGUGGGGAGCCAUGCUGGAGGACGACCGUCUCACCUGGCCCCCUUCCAAGGACCUGAAAGAGGCCAAGGACAUGGAGGGGGAGCGGGGAGCAGCAGGCGGUGCAGGCAGCAAGCACAGCUCUGGAUCACUGGCUCGCCCGGAGGAGAGCGCAUUACGUAGGCAAGCGGCUCCGCUCAACUUGCCACCUGCGCCGGGAGAGCUGCCGGGGAAGCGAGAUCCUGCCGGAGCCCCUCGCCCGCCGCUGGCCGCCCACCCGCCCUCCGCCAUGGACUGCUGCAAUGAGGGAGCCUGCACAAAGCUGGACGAGGACAUCCUGGACAUCCCUUUGGACGAUCCUGAUGCCAACGCGGCAGCUGCCAAGAUCCAGGCUAGUUUCCGUGGCCAUAUGACCCGCAAGAAGAUCAAAGGGGGUGAGAUCGAUCGGAAAACCAAGGACGCCGAGUGCGCCAACAGCACCCGCGGCGGCGACCUCCGCAACGGCGACUAGGGGCCACCAGCUGCUCAUCGGAAACCCCUCGCCACCGACUCCCUCCCACCGCCGCCCGCCGAGGCCCAGGAGCCCCUGCUUCACCCCCUGCCCCCCGCAUGCAUCCCCCGGGGUCCCCCCACAGCCAGGCCCUGCCCCUGUCCCUGGCUGCCCCCCCCGACCCCAGACACCCCCCGGCCCAAUAAACGCCCCUGCCAGAG